AUGCUUUCCAUAGCAGAGGUUGUUCUGAUCAUUUGCCUCUCCUGGAAGGUUGUCUGUGAACCCUCUAUUGUGUACAAAAUGAAGAAUAUCGAAUGCAUAACAAGUCCGGCCUAUUCGGCCAACGCUUCUUGCUGUAUAAAGGCUAUUAACUGGAACAAGGCAGUGGCCCAAAUGGAUGUGGAUCUUGUAAGGCCACUACAUAAUAUAUCAGUUCGACUUCAGGUCUUCAAAAAGGACUACUCCAAUCAGUUUCAGCCCUUUCUUAUCGAUGUGAAUAUAAAUCUAUGCGACAUACUAUCAAGACGAAACUUUCUCCCGUAUGGAUUAAUAAUUUUGAAAAUAACCCAGCGAUUUUCAAACUUCAAUCAUUCCUGUCCUUUUGCUGGUCACCUAAUGGCUCGCGACGCCUACAUUGACGAGUCCAUUAUGCCGAUCACUCCGCCAUUAGGAUUCUACAAAAUGAAUAUCACUAUAAUGGAAAACUAUCAGAAUACGGCUGCUGCACAUGUAGGUGGCAUUAUAUGGUAUUCACAGGUUAUGCUGCCAGUCAAGAAAAAGAUAAAACGUACAGGCAGAGCCUAA